AUAAUAUGCUCUUCCUACGCAAAUUGCAGUUCAACCAAAAGCAGCCCCGAGUCGCUAGACGAGUUGCUCGAACGAUCUGCAGUGUUUCGCUACAUCAUGACGGGUGUUGUAGAUCAUUUCAACGUAUUCAUUGUCUGCGCUAUGGAGUCAGAGCUACAGGCUACGAAAGGAGUCCUAGAAAAUGGAACUGGGAGCAAGUUUGAAAACAAAUACCUACGUGUGGAAGGCCUCAGCACGCUCAACGUGAGAAUGUGCGAGAAAUGGAAUUCUACUGAGAUGAAGGUGGGCAUGGUCGCACAAACAGAGAUGGGAGGAAUUGAGUGUCAAAAGCUGCUCUCCAAACUCGCCAAAUACUUCACGGCUAACGUGUUGGCGAUGACGGGCAUUUGUGCCGGAGAUGAGAAUAAAUACGGUCACGUGGAGCACGGCUGUGUUUUUGUUGCUACUAGAACGACAGUAGAGAGCGGUGGGAAAGUCACAGAAGGCGGCGCCUACCAACCAAGAGCACAAUACUGCGGACUUGACAAAGGGAUCCAUGCCUCUGUUAAUGAAUUGGUUACUGGUCCCGGUGUCUGGUUAAAGUACAUUCCAGAAAAUGCUAUUCGCCCCAGUCCUCGUUAUCUUCAACAACUUAUCCUAGACAUUGUGUCCAAGAGUGGAGAAGACGGCGUUACCAAGAAGGACCUACUAGGCAAGUUGACAGACAUGAAAUUACCUGGAAUGACUACAAUGGACGGCUAUGACUCUGCAAUGAUCUAUGAUGGAGUUCUAGAAAGGAUGCUACAACAGAAAUCUCCUUGGGUGUCUCGAACAGUAAAAUCUAACUACAUUGCCACUGAUGAAGGAGAAAAGUAUUCAGCAGAUGAAUAUCCGUUUCCACGUGAAGAUAAGAUCAAAGCUAUCACUGAUUGCAUGGUCUCUAUACCACACGUCAAUUUGAACCUGAAGGCAGAGUUGAAGGCUAUAAAAGAACGCGUAGGUGACAGAAAAGUUAAGGCAGUAGACAUGGAGGCUCACAUGUUUAUGGAACAAGCCAUUGAGAUCUUUGCGAGACAGGGAGUACCGGGGAAAGCAAUUGUCAUGAAAGGCAUCGCUGACUAUGGCUCUAGUGAAAGCAGAGGAGACUACUUUCAGGUGUAUGCUGGCAGCACGUCUGCUGCCUUUCUAAGGCAUAUGAUGACAGUCAAACAACAUCAUUUUGAUCCCCCACCAGUUUGUGUUGAGGCCAGUGGGACAUCGACACAGACAUCUUCUUCAUCUGUAUCUGAUGACGACAUCAAACGUUUGGUUGCACAGAAGAGUGCAGACGAUGUGAAAAAGCUUAUUGUGCAAAACGUGUCUGGCAGAUAUUUUGAAAUUGCUGAUAAACUUGGCUGGAACAGGAACCAAAUAGCAAACACUACUGCACAAUUACCCAACAAUGAUAGCAAACUGACAGCUAUUAUUGCAGAAGAGGUGACAAAGGUUGGCAGAAAGGUAACUCUCGAAAGAGUUCUAAAGGCGUGUCGUGACUUGGAUGCUGCUGGGUUUAUUCUCGAGGCCUGAAUUAGAUCUUUAGAUCUUAGCCGUGUUUGUACUAGCUGUGAUGAGUUGGCUCUAGCAUUUAAGUCGUUUUAUGACCUUUUUAGUGCUGUUGUUCUAAAGUUGCUUUUGUCUUUUUUUGUUAUUAACGGUAGCUGCUUUUUUGGUUUUUUUGGGUAAAAAAAGAGUGAUGAUAUUGCUGUAACAAA